CUGGCCUCCUCCUCCUCACUUAUUUGAACCAUAGACCGAACAGGUGAAAUGGCUUUGAAUGGUAAAAUCGCAGUAGUAACCGGAGCAGCACUAGGCAUCGGAAAAGCAAUAACAGAGAUACUUUUACAAAAUGGUGCUACGGUAGUCCUCCUGGAUGUGAACGAAAAUGCAGGGAAGAGUUUAAAGGGGUCCCUCGACAAGCAGUACGGACGAGAGAAAACCUUGUUCCUGAACUGUAACGUUGAGUCAGAGGAGCAGCUCAAGGCUGCAUUUCAGAAAAUUGUGCAAACCUUUGGAGGAGUGGACAUCCUGUGCAACAAUGCUGGCAUCUUGGAUGAGAGUGCAUGGGAGAAAAGUGUCUCCAUAAACCUCGUGGGUGUUAUCAAAGUAACCUACCUGACUUUGGAGCUCAUGAACAAGAUGACUGGAGGUCGUGGAGGAGUCAUCAUCAACAUUGCAUCCAUGGCAGGUCUUGGUCCAUUCCCGAGCUGUCCUGUCUACACGGCCACCAAGUACGGAGUGGUUGGCUUUACUCAAGCCAUGGCGGCUGCUUCUAGUGCCUCUGACUAUGGCAUACGUUUUAAUGCCCUUUGCCCAAGUUUGGUCCAAACCGAUCUCUUCUCUCACAUGUUAGACAGAUUAGGACAAUUUUCCCACCUGGCUGAUAAAGUGAGAACAUCUGCAGACAAAGGGGUGUUAAAUGUGUCUGAGGUAGCCGAGUGUUUUCUGGAGCUGGUGCUGGAUGAGACAAAGAAUGGAGAGGCCCUCAUGGUGACACCCAUUUUCAAGAAAUACAGGACAUUCCCCUCAUUAACCCAAUAGAUUAUGGGAACGACAAACAUCAUACUCAUGUCAAAGACUCAUUGACACCUUUUAAAUCACUUCUUAAAAAAGUCUAUCUAUCCUAGUAUACUAAUUUAUUACCAACACACCUAUCUGUUUUAUUUUCAGCAAUUCUUGUAAAAUAAAUCUUGUUGUUCAACAGCACUUGGGCCUUUUCCCACUUUUCAUGAACAGGUAACAGAAUUUGGCUAAUUACACUAA